GACACUUCCUGUGGCAGCCGAAAGCGGUAGUGCCGGGGAGCUCCGGGCCAGGCCGGGAGAGCCGCGCCGCGCCGCGCCGCCGGUCGGGGAUGCUGCGGGGCCGCGGGCCGCGCCGGUAGCGCGCUGGGCCGGGCAGUGCCAGGCAUGCAGGGCAAGGCCAAACUGCUGCUGGUCCACAACGGCCGCAUGGGCCCGGCUGUGUCGGAUGGAGAGUUAAAUGCCUCCAGGGCCCGCGGCAGCAACCACAGCGUGAACAGCUUGCCGGGGCCGUCAGCCUCUUGCGGCUCCACACAGGGGUCUGUGGUCAGCUGGGCUGAAUCCUUUGAGACGCUGCUGCAGGACCGCGUGGCUGUCACCUACUUCACUGAAUUCCUCAAGAAGGAGUUCAGUGCUGAAAACGUCUACUUCUGGCAGGCAUGCGAGCGCUUCCAGCAGAUCCCAGCCAGUGACACGCAGCAGCUGGCCCAGGAGGCACGGCGGAUCUAUGAUGAGUUCCUCUCCAGCCACUCGGUCAGUCCCGUGAACAUCGACAAGCAGGCCUGGAUUGGGGAGGACAUGCUGGCCACCCCCUCCCCAGACAUGUUUCGCACCCAGCAGCUCCAGAUCUUUAACCUGAUGAAGUUUGACAGCUACACGCGCUUCGUUAAAUCCCCACUCUACCAGGCCUGCCUGCGGGCAGAGAGCCAAGGGCAGCCCCUGCCAGACCUGCGGCCCCACUCCCGCAGCAGCAGCCCCCCGCCUGACCUCAGCAAGAAGACAAAGCUGAAGCUGGGCAAGUCCCUGCCACUGGGCGUGGAGACGGCAGGCAGUGGUGCCAACCGCAGCCCCCGCCGGUCCUUCAGGAAGGGAGAACGGCGGGAGCCCUCCUGGGCAGAAGGGGGAGAAGGUGGUGGGAGCACCAUGCCGUGGCGAGAGUCCCAGGGCUCGCUCAACUCCUCAGCCAGCCUGGAUCUUGGCUUCCUGUCCUCGGCCAGCACAGCUGCCAGCCCCUGGACUGAGGGCCAUCGGAAGAGCCUGGGGGGCAGCGAGACAGAUCUGCCGGCCAAGCCCAUGAAGUACUGCUGCGUGUACCUGCCCGAUGGCACGGCCUCGCUGGCCCCCGUCCGGCCCGGCCACUCCAUCCGUGAGAUGCUGGCAGGGAUAUGUGAGAAGCGUGGCUUCAGCCUCCCCGACAUCAAGGUCUACCUGGUGGGGAAUGAGCAGAAAGCACUGGUGCUGGACCAGGAGUGCUCUGUGUUGGCAGAACAGGAGGUGAAGCUGGAGAACAGGAUAAGCUUUGAGCUGGAAAUCUCCUCCCUCAAUAAGACCAUCCGCAUCACGGCAAAGUCAACCAAGCGCAUCCGGGAGGUGCUGCAGCCGGUGCUGGGGAAGUACGGCGUGAGGAUGGAGCUGGCGUUGCUGCGGCGGCACGGCGAGCCGGCCGCCCUGGACCUGGAGAAGCUGGUCAGCACGGUGGCUGCUCAGAAACUUGUCCUGGAAACGCCAGCAGACAUGCGAGUGAUGGAGAGCGCCGAGGCCGCAGCCGCCUCCUCCCCGCUCCGGAGUGAGGAGGGAAGCCCAACAGGAGCAGAGUCUGACACACUGUGGGAGAUGCCCUCCUCCUUCUCCCGGCCCCGGUCUGCAGCUGCCAUGAACCUGAACCGCCGCACGUACGAUCUAGAAGGGCUGGUGGAGCUGCUGAACCGUGCCCAGAGCUGCCGGGCCAACGACCAGCGUGGGCUGCUCUCCAAGGAAGACCUGGUCCUGCCUGACUUCCUACAGCUCCCCGGGCAGGACGGCAGCACCUGCAAGGGAUCGGAUCAGCCCCACACCCCUCACCCAGGCUCCGAGGGAAAUGGCCAUCCUCAACCCGCAGAGUCAGUGCCGGCUCAGCCUCGGGUCGACCACGAGCUCCGAUGAGUCCUGCUCCACGUCUGCACCCAGCACGUGGUACCCCCGGGCCAUGCCGGGGUUCAACACGGGGCCCAACCAGCCCCUGCCCUGCACCGCCGACACUGCCUGGACCGCAGAUUCGUCCACGUCCUGUCCCAAACUGUCACGUCGUGUCGCUGUGAGUGGUUGAGCCGCUGCCAUGCCCCUCUGUGGGGUCACAUCCUGGUGCACAUCAAGGGAGUCCUGUACAUAGUUCGAACCCCCGUUGCAAAGCACUUUGCAACAUCCCGCUCAUGCCUGGCACUGUUCUGCCCAGUGCCUCUGCCUGUGGCACAGAUGCUGACCCAGCAAAUCCUGCCUGUGUGGGGCUGGCACAGCCCGUGGACUGUCCGGGUGGGAAAAGCACCCUUCCAGCCAAAGGGUGUGUGGGAGAGAGGACACGGGUGGGUGGGAUGGCAAGGCAGGCGCCAGUCCUGAACACUGGUGCUGUGGGCAGGAUGGGUUAGGAGAACACAUAUCUGGAGCUGAGGACCAGAUCUGGUCCUUAACCCUGCAGGAACAGGAGUUCCCCUGUUGUUGAUGUGCAGGUCUACCCAUCCUGGGAAGGGUAAGCAUGGUCCUGCUGGCCUCUGCCCUGGGCAAGCUGUUACCAUCUGCAUUGCGUGAGUGUGGCUGGGCCUGAUCCUGCGAGGUUCAGUGCCAUUGUGCUGCAGGGCACGGAGCCAUAUGUGGUUCCUGCCCCGAGCAAACAGAGGCAGAGCCAGCAGGUUGUGCCAAAUAAGCCUUCCUCCUCCCCAGAGUGAGACCCUGUGUGGGCGACUGCUGAAGUGAUCCACAGGAGCAGACACCCAUAGGUCCCCUGCCACAGCCCAGCUGGGACUGUGGGUGCUCAGCCCUUGGGGACAGUCCUGCAGGGUGCCAGAGGAAUGCAGCACCCCUGGGUGCUGAGCAUUUCAGCCUGGUGUGCGAGUACCCAGCCUGGCAUCCCUGCCAGAGGCUGUGUUGGGCAGUAACCUUGAGCCAGGCUCUGCCAGACCUGUCCCAGGCAGCCCCAUGUUCCCAGAAGUCCCAGACUCAGUCUGUGAUGGAGGUAGCCCCCCGACAGCAGCCAGGAGAUCCCUCCAUCAUCCCUAUGUGCCGGGGCCCUUCCCUGGGCCACUGCUUUGUCACUACUGCCCUGCCAGAGGCAGAGGGGUGGCUCAGGGCAGCCCCAGGGCUCGUCUGGGGAUGAGGGUCACGGCCACCCAGCCCCACACUGCCGCAGCCAGCUGUGGCCCCGGUGAGAGCCCCCUGUGUCUCCGUGGUGCUGCUCAGUCCCGUCUGCGGUGUCAAACUGGGGGAAAUAAAAGAGCAUUGCCUGGA